AUGGUUGAAUCGUUUGACGAGUAUGAUCAAAUAGCAAGAAUAUACCCAUACAGAUAUCAUUACAAUUAUAAUGGUAUUGGUGGUUCAAGACCACGUCAUCCAGAGUACAGAAACCCUAUAACUCGUCUUGAAUCAUUUGUUAAUUGGCCAAGGCCGGAUAUAGACAUCGGAAAGUUAACAGACGCUGGAUUUUUCUACGAAGGUAACGAAGAUAAAGUAGUUUGCUUCCAUUGUGACAGUGUACUUUUCAAUUGGCAGACAGAUGAUGAUCCAUUCGUUGAACAUGGUAUACAUAGCAAAACUGCUAUUUUAUGUAUAAAAUGUGGUUGCGAUUUUCCUUUACGUUGUGUUUUAGAAACUAAACCACAAAUACCAAAACCAGAACUACUGAGAGUGGAUAUCGGCAGAUACAAGUGUAAAAUCUAG